AUUCGGAUCUGCUAACGGUAUACAACGCCUAUUGCGCGUGGAAGCGUGCCCGCAACACUCCAGGCGUGAGCGAGUACGCCUUUUGCCGCAAGAACUUCCUCAGCUCGCAAACACUGCUCAAUAUCGAGGACAUUAAAAUGCAGCUGAUCGUAUCGAUCGCUGACACAGGUCUAUUAACCUUGGACCCAUCCCAGAAAGCGCUACUCAACCGCUCCCGAUCCAACAACCGGCGCAACUUCUUCACCAUCCCCGAAGAAUACGACUUCAACAGCGCCAACGACACAGUCGUCAACUCCGUCAUCGCUUGGAGUUUCUACCCGAAACUGCUCACCCGCGACGGGAAAGGCUGGCGCAACGUCGCCAACAAUCAAUCCGUCACGCUGCACCCGACCUCCGUGAACAAGCAAGCCGACGCAUCGGCCAUAAAAUGGGUGUCCUAUUACCAUAUCAUGCAGGGACGGAAUAAGAACUAUAAUGCGUUUGAAACAACUGCUGUGGAUGACUUUGCUAUUGCGUUGUUGUGCGGAGAGGCUGAGUUUAAAAUGUACUCCGGAGUCAUAUCCAUCGACUCCAAUCGCAUCCGAUUCUCCCUGCGAGAUUGGAAAUCCAUGCUCGCGCUGAAGACGCUGAGCGCGAGACUGCGCGAGAUCCUACAGAAUACGUUCCGUGAGCCGCAUCGCGUGCCGUCGUAUAAACAGCAGCAGUGGUUGGGUCUGUGGCAGGUGAUUUUCGCUCAGGCGAGGAAGUAGUUCGCCUGUCCCUGGUUACUUGUCUAUGUUUAUUAUCAUUGGGUUCGGAUUGCUUGGUUGGUAUGUAUGUAUGAUGUGUGCAUUGGGUUUAGCCUUCUGGAAGAUGCUUUUUUGCUUGCUCUGGACUAGACUAGGAUUGGGCAAUUGGGAUUAAAUUAGGUUUCUGGUUGGAUUGGAUUGAAUUGAAUUGGGUUGGGUUUGUAUGGAUGACUGAAAUGCGUGUAUGUAUGUAUAAGGACUGGGUGAAUGAAAGAAGAAAAAGGCGGAUGAAGCUGGAUGUAUAUGAUAUGAACUCGAUAGAUGGAUAUAUCUCAUGAAACUCCGACACAUAAAUCAACAGAACUUGUUCAUGGAACUGAUCAUCAAGAAAAGAACAAGAAGAAGAUUCUAACCCCAAACAUCCUCCUGCCACUUCCCCCUCUUCUUCAACCCCUUACACCACUCGUUCCAC